UUCGAAGCAUCUUCCCAGGAUCUACCUGACUUUAAUUUUUAAGGCAUUUCAACUGUGCGCACAUAAAUCAGAAUAUUUACUUUUAGACUAGUAUUUUCCUUGCAUAGUCCUUGUGCAUUAUAGCCUUCAUAACUAGGAGACAAAUGUAGUUUAAACGGAAAUGUCUGACUCAGAGGAGGAAGAAAUUAAACUUAAAGAUUUUAAAGAAAUAUCCGAUGAAAUAGAACGCUGCAAGAAAAAUCCAGAAACUUCUGGAAUGUUUGUAUCUGGUUGGGAUGAUGCGGACCAAGACGUUGAUAUUGUGAAGAAUCCAAAAGAAAAUCCGAUUGAUCAUGUUUUGUGGGCAGCAGAAAAUGGUGAGCUUGAAACUUUGAAAGAACUUAUAACAAAACAACCAGGACUAAUACAUGCCAGGGAUUCGGAUGGCUACACUCCUUUACACAGAGCCGCUUACAGCAAUCACAUAAAUAUAAUCUCAUAUUUACUUAGUGUUGGGGCAAAUGUUGGUGCCAAGACAGAACUUGGAUGGACACCUUUGCACUCAGCUUGUAAUUGGAACAAUUAUGCUUCUGCUGCAAGGCUUUUGGCAGCAGGUGCAGAUCCUACUGCUUUGUCAGAUGGAGAACAAACACCUAUGCAUUUGGCAGCAGCUAUGAGCCAUUGUAAAUCUACUUUGCUUAUUUUGCUUCUCCGAGAAGAUCUUGUGGAAAUAGCUAGAAGACGCAAUCAUUCUGAUGAAACCCCUGAACAGUUGGCCCGUGGUCAUGGAAUCUAUGCACCCCUGUUUGAUAUGGUUUUACCUGCUGCAUCGCACAUCAGAUCAUUGUCCUUUACUUGCAAUCCCUAUGUAAGGGCUCAAAAUGAUUAAUUAAUUAUUUAUUUAUCUAUUUCAAUAGACCAUUAGGUACUUACUCAUAUUAAACAAAAAGGAAAGUAGGCGAACUUAGUAGUAAAUGUUUGUUAUUUGAUAUAGAUGUAAUUUCUCUUACCAUAAAUAAAACUACAUUAUAAUAUUGAAUAAUGGGGUAU